UGUAUCCAGUUGACUCUCAAAAUUGUGCAUGAAGAAAAAAAUAUAAAGUAAUAAUAUUGUACGCAAGUGGUCAGUGGUGUAGUGGUGAGUGAUUUCGGCUCGCGGCGCGGUGCAAAAGUAUCAAGAUUCAUUUCCCGCUGAUGUCAUACGGCAGCGAGACGCCGCACGUCUGGAGCAGUUCUGCAGGCAGUGAAGUGUCGCCGUACGGGCCGCUGUGGGACGCUCCGCCGGCGCCGGUGCCUUACCCAGACAUUCUGGCUUUCCCGCCUGCCGACCUGGUAUGGUCGGCGGCGGGAUGCGGUCGAGGGUCGGCGCGAUCGACUCCCGGCGGAAAGAAACCUCGUCGUCGCGUCGCGUCCGUCGCUCAGCGUCGCGCGGCGAACAUUCGCGAGCGUCGACGUAUGUUCAACCUCAAUGAAGCCUUUGACAAGCUGAGACGAAAGGUACCAACUUUUGCGUACGAGAAGCGUCUCUCGCGCAUCGAAACUCUCCGCCUGGCCAUCACCUACAUCAGCUUCAUGUGUGAGCUCCUCCACGGCUCCCCGCAGCCUCACCACUCCCACCACUCUUUACCUCCGAGGCAUGUGUUUGACGCUGAAGUACCAUGGUGUGCGUAAUCGUUUGUAUGUGUAGCUUUUCAAUUUGAUCCAUUUUGUUAAUUUAUUAAUUAUCUCAAUUGUUUUAAAUAGGAUAUGCCAGUGGUAGAUGUUAGGUAUUUUAUAGGAAUAUUCUGUUUAAAUGGCUGCUCUGUGGGAACCAGAGGGGCGUCGGCAACGAGGACGACCAAGAACGAGGUGGCGCGACGACAUCCAGCGCUACUUGGUAGAAUGACGGGAAACCGCAUUGGGGAAAUGUGGAGGCUGAAAGGGGAGGCCUUUGCCCAGCAGUGGGAUACAAUAGUUAGCUAACAAAUGUUCUUAUGGUUUUCAUCAAAAGAGACACUUACUAAGAGAAAAAUUUAGUGCGAAGGUGUGGAGUUUAGGAGAAAUAGCCUUGGGCUUCCUCCGUUGUCUUCCACGAAUAAUUAUUUGUAAGAAACAAAAAAAUAUUUGAGAAUGCUGUUAUUCCUUCUUAACGUUAGGCUUUUUGACCUUUCGUCGCCUCAUACGAAAUCCACGAUAUGUUAUGGAGUGGUCCUAUUCAAGAGCGGGAACCACACGCCACAUGUAUAAAUUCUAGUCAAGUAGCAACUUAUAAGUCUUGUAUAUUUUAGAUAUACGUAGCCUAAAAUAAAAAAAAAUGUCUUCCAUUUAUUUACUAGUCAGGUACUUAGAGAUGUACAGUGUCUAUCUGUAUGGUACGUAUCUAUUGCACGGUAGUUUCUAUUGUAUCAUGGCGUUUAAAAUUAAAUAAAAAUAGAGACUGUGUGACUAGAUAUUAAUUAUAAUACUUAUCAUGUAUUUACAGUCCUUGUUACUUUAUAA